AUGGCCUCUACUCGUCGACUCUCACUGUUCUCUCAGAAACAUCUUACUCCAAACCCUCUUCGUGCUGCCGAACUUCGCGAAAUUGGGCCUCCUGGCAUUCAGGGCUGGGCGGUCCGUGUAUGGCCUAACUUGAACACAUUCAUUGGGAUCACUGGAAGUCCUGCUGCUGCUUCUCGACUCAAGAUUACUCAUGUCCUCGGACCUUCUGUUUCCAUCCAAGCUGCUGGGUAUGGCGGUACGGAAUGUGACAUCGACAUACCAUACCUCGAAGGCAACCCUAAUACCGACUUCAAGGUAAUGUUUGUAGAUGGGAUGAGCGAGUUUUUUUGGACGCCCGUUCCGAUGAGUCUUCGGAGUUGGGAGCUUGUAACUGGAAGGCAUUAUGAGCCUGUCUUGACGAUCCGCAAUGGCCUGUGGAGAUAUCGCCUUGGUGAUGUUGUCACUGUUAAAGGCUUCGAUCCAGAUGACGGAUUGCCUAUCAUCAAUUAUCUACACAGGUGAGACGGCUUGCUUUGGACUGGCAUUU